AGCCAUUCAACAGGGUUCAGAGAAUGCUUGGUGCUUAUUGCUUCAUUAAAGCCAAUAGAACAGGGGUUGCCAGCAACAUCGAAAUGGAUGUUGUUGGCAAGGCCAUUGAGGAGGCCGAAAAAAACCACUCACUUUCUCUGUCAAUUUGCGUCAAAGAACAUAAGACGUCUGACACCUACGGCGCAGCAACAUUCAAGACGGCGCAAGCCCACUUUGACCUGUGGGUAAGAUGGUAUAAGCUCCGACAACGAAUGGAAACAAACAGCAAGGACAAGCCCACCACAUUUUUGGUUACUGUAACUGGCAACAAAUACACUUCAUUUGAUAAGGACAUAAAUGAUAUUUUCCCAUCAGAAAUGUAG